AUGUGCACCGCGGGCCUGAGUGACCUGGAAGAGAUCCCGCUGGACGACGAUGACACCGGGAGCAUCGAGUUCCAGAUCUUGGCUUACUAUGUCAAGCACCACGUCUUCAAAAACCACGCUACUCUCUUCUCGCCCCAACGGCCACGGACGCGCAGCUUGUCCCAGAAAGGACUGGGGAGCUGGUCAGCCACCGAGUCGUGGCCCCCUCUGCCGUGGGCAGGCAGACAGCCCUCGCCCGGCGAACAGACCAUCAACCUCACCAAGAAAAAGUCUUCUUGGAGAGCGCUCUUCGGCGUCACGGAGAAGGAAGAGUCCCCGAGCCCUCGUGAGAGCACCCAAAGCCCCAGAGUAGAGAAGUGCGUGGCGGGACCCCCCGGGCGUCAGUGGACCCGGUCCCUCUCGAAUGCGGACCAGCGCGUGGAACUCAAAGCUGUGGACCCCAAAGUGGUCUCUGUCGCCAACCGCGUGGCCGAGAUCGUCUACUCCUGGCCGCCCCCGGAAGAGCCCGUCUUCCAGGGACCUGCCCGGGAGGCCAAAGGGAACUUCCUGCAGCUGGUGCUCUACGGCCCGGGUCCGACCACCUCAGCCCGCAGCACCAGUGCCAAGAAAGAUGGAGAAGACCAGGCAAUCGCCAAAAUCGUCGAGCUGUUGAAAUAUUCAGGGGACCAGCUGGAAAGAGAGUUGAGGAAGGAUAGGAACCUGAUGAGCAGCUUCCCGGACGGGCUGACCUACGCCCUCUUCAGGACCAUCACAGACCAGUUCCUCAGGGGCGUGGACACCAGAGGCGAGUCCGAGGUCAAGGCCCAGAGCUUCCGGGCCGCGCUGGCCAUCGACGUCAUGACCAAGCUCACGGCUCUCGACACCCACCCCAUGAGUCGGGUGCUGGGCUUCGGAGCCAAGUACCUGAAGGAGCACUUCUCGCCCUGGGUGCAGCAGCACGGCGGCUGGGAAAAAGUCUUUGGCGUAACCCAGGAGGAAGUGGACUGA